AUGCAAUCAGAAGACGAAAUACAACCAUUAAUUGAAUAUAGCUCAUUACCCAAUUUAACGUUUUUUGAUGAGCUCUAUUCACAAAGUAUAAAAGCAGAUGUUGACUCAGAAGAGGAAACAUAUCAAAAGAAAUGUAAAAGUUACUAUAUUCAUAGGAUAUUUGAUAAGAAUAUAGCUGAUUCAAGUGGUCUCCUAAAUGAAGGUUUCGAUGAAGGGUUUGAUGAAGAAAAGAUUAUUAACAGUGCAGAUGAUCUUCACACACCAAUAAUUUUAGAGGAUGGGACAAAAUUGAAUGUACAGCAGUAUCGUCAGUUUCGUCAUAAGAAGCAGCAGUUAGUAUGGGACUGUGUUCGUGCGAGGUGGUCGAAGGUUGCGGGCUUGGAGCGAGGAGCUAGUUGUACUAAUGUACAUACACUCGCCUCCCGCCCUCCUUGCGCUGAGAGGAGAAUGAGAAUGUUAAACAUCUAUGGCUUGAAUGAGAUUAAAGUGCCUGUCCAAUCUAUAUUGACCCUGACCCUACUAGAAGUCUUCAAUCCAUUCUAUGUGUUCCAACUGUUCACUAUAGCUGUGUGGUUGGCUGAGCCCUACUACUAUUACUGCGUCGCUGUAGUACUUAUGUCUACAUUUGGUGUUGCCACUUCUGUUAUACAAACCAAAAAGAAUCAAGAAACUCUGCGUGAUACGGUAGAAGCUCGAGCCACUGUUGAACUAUGGGGUGGUAGGAUAGUUGACAGUCGAGCAUUGUGUCCGGGAGACGUAUUGGUGUUACCAGCGAAUGGUACCACAAUGAUGUGUGAUGCUGCUCUGCUAACUGGACAGGCGAUCGUCAAUGAGAGUAUGUUGACUGGAGAAUCGGUUCCAGUGACGAAGUUAGCGUUGCAGCGUAUUGAUAAAGAGUUUAACAUGAAGGAACAUAGCUCGAGUGUGCUAUUCUGUGGCACUGAAGUAUUGCAGACGAGAUACUACAACAACGAACCAGUCAAGGCUGUAGUACUUCGUACUGGAUAUAGUACUACGAAGGGUGAGCUAGUUCGAAGCAUUCUAUACCCCGCCCCAGCAGAUUUCAAGUUUGAUAGAGAUUCCUACAAGUUUAUAUUCAUUCUGACCGUCAUAGCUAUAUUGGGCCUAGGGUACACUGUCGCUUUAAAGGCUUACCGAGGUCUCACUGUAGGAGAUAUAAUUCUGAAAGCCUUAGACAUCAUAACAAUAGUAGUUCCGCCCGCACUUCCGGCCGCCAUGACAGUUGGCAGGCUGUAUGCUGUGGGUCGACUCAAAAAGGCUGAGAUUUCGUGUCUCAACACACGAGCUGUUAAUGUCAGCGGAUCGUUAGACUGCAUGUGUUUUGAUAAGACAGGAACUUUAACAGAAGACGGCCUUGAUAUGUGGGGGGUUGUCACAACCAAUACUAAUCUCUCCCCUCCAAUGCUAGCAAGACCUACAAGAGAUCCGAAAUUACUGAACGACUUACACGAAUUGAAGAUAGGCAUGGCUUCAUGCCACAGUCUAACAUUAUUGAAUGGAAAUCUGGCUGGCGAUCCUCUUGACUUAAAGAUGUUUGAGUCGACUGGAUGGAGUUUGGAGGAACCGGAAGUGGCUGAGACUAAUAAAUUUGAUGUGCUCACACCUACAAUAGUCAGGCCGAAAGGAUCUGCUAAUAUACACGUUGAUGAUUUACACAUGCCGCUUGAAGUUGGGAUCGUCCAUCAAUAUCAAUUCGUGUCAGCGCUGCAGCGGUCGUCAGUGGCUGUGAAGCUUUUAGGAGAAGAUGUCAUACGUCUGUACUGUAAGGGGGCACCGGAAAUGAUACGGACGCUGUGUCGACCGGAAACUGUUCCAGCUGACCUUGAAUCUGUGUUAUCAUCAUAUGCAGAGAAGGGGUAUAGAGUUAUAGCACUAGGGAGCAGAGUAUUGAGGACCCCACCUUUACAAUUGAUAAGAAUUGAGAGAGAGGAGGUUGAAUGUGAACUAGAGUUCCUUGGUCUUGUUAUAAUGGAGAAUCGUUUGAAGCCCGCUACUACUGGCAUUAUAAGGGAAUUGAAAGAAGCAAACAUACACGUUGUUAUGAUUACAGGUGACAACAUACACACAGCUAUAAGUGUGGCCAAGGAGUGUGGUAUUCUAGCCAGCGGUGAGCGUGUGGUCACCAUGAGUGUGGAUGGUGGGCGCGUGUACUGUGACAAUACAUUACAUGGGGUGGCUGUAGGUCGUAGGGUGACCUUGGACAAAAUUUGGGACAAUCUGGACAGUGGGUGUGGCUCGAGCACACACACAAACACACACACGAGCACACAAGACUUGGAAACGGCGUUAAAUGAACCGACAUACAAGAUAGUUAUGACUGGAGAUACUUGGAAGUCUGUCCGUGGUCUGUCUUCAUCUGUGUGGGGUCGUGUGUUAGUCCGUGGUGCUGUGUUCGCUCGCGUGUCUCCGGACCUCAAACAACAACUGGUGCUUGAUUAUCGUGCUCUUGGUUAUUACGUCGGUAUGUGUGGCGAUGGUUCCAACGACGUGGGCGCUCUCCGUGCCGCCCACGUGGGCGUUUCUCUCUCCCGUGAGUGUAGCGUCGCGGCGCCCUUUAGCAGCGCUCGACCAGACAUAGCGUGUGUUGCUCGCCUCUUAAAGGAAGGUCGAGCGGCCUUAUCUACUAGCUUCGGUAUAUUCAAAUUCAUGAUAGCAUAUUCUCUAACAGAAUUCUUCUCAGUGGCAUUCCUAUACUAUUUUGAUUCAAAUCUAACUGAUUUCCAAUUCCUGUAUGUAGAUGUCGCUUUGAUAGUUAAUUUCGCGUUCUUUUUUGGUAUGACGGAAGCUUAUACGGGCGAAUUAUGUAAACUACCACCUCUGACGUCACUACUGGGUAUAGUUCCUUUAUCAUCUUUGGUCGGUCAAAUAGUAUUGAUAGCUAUCGCUCAAUACUUGAGUUUCCUAUCCCUAACAUAUUUCCCGUGGUAUGUACGACAUACAUACGAAGGCGCUGAGGCUAACGAAUGUUGGGAAAACUACGCAAUUUUCACCGUAUCUAUGUUCCAAUAUAUAACUAUGGCGAUAGUAUUCAGUCAUGGCUCCCCAUACAGACGAUCAGUGAUAACAAACACUAAACUAAUGAUAAGUGUUGUAAUAAUGACAUUAUUAUGUAUAUAUAUAACCCUCUCGCCAGCGGAAUGGUUGGCAAAAUUCCUUCAACUCAGAAUGCCCAAGGACGUUUUAAUGUCAUACAUAGUUUUAGCCCUGGCGUCGUUCAAUUUCGUGAUAGCGUUGUUCUUUGAGAGGAUUGUAAUACAGCAUUUUAUGGAAAAUAUGAGGAAAAUACCAUCGUUCAUCAAGGAAAGAGAGGUGAUGAAAACUCCUCACCUAAUGAUGAAGCGACAUCUGUCGGAUAUGGACUAUCUCACAUGUGAAAGUAUUUUGAAAUUCGAUUCUGAGACUAAAGAAUCUAUAUUCGAUUCGGAUUCUUGA